CUACCACGCGGCGAACCAGUCGUACCAGUACGGCCCCAGCAGCGCGGGCAAUGGCGCUGGAGGUGGGGGUGGCAUGGGCGACUACAUGGCCCAGGAGGACGACUGGGACCGGGACCUGCUGUUGGACCCGGCCUGGGAGAAGCAACAGCGCAAGACCUUCACAGCCUGGUGCAACUCCCACUUGCGCAAGGCAGGCACACAGAUAGAGAACAUCGAUGAGGACUUCCGAGAUGGGCUCAAGCUCAUGCUACUCCUGGAGGUCAUUUCAGGGGAGCGGUUACCUAAGCCCGAGCGGGGGAAGAUGAGAGUACACAAGAUCAACAAUGUGAACAAAGCCUUGGACUUCAUCGCCAGUAAAGGAGUCAAGCUGGUCUCUAUUGGGGCAGAAGAGAUAGUGGACGGCAAUGCAAAGAUGACCCUGGGAAUGAUCUGGACCAUUAUCCUGAGGUUCGCCAUCCAGGACAUCUCUGUGGAAGAGACUUCUGCCAAGGAAGGGCUCCUUCUCUGGUGCCAGAGAAAGACUGCGCCAUAUAAGAAUGUCAACGUGCAAAAUUUCCAUAUCAGCUGGAAGGAUGGUCUUGCUUUCAAUGCCCUCAUCCACCGGCACAGACCAGAGCUGAUUGAGUACGACAAAUUGAGAAAGGACGACCCAGUCACCAACCUGAACAAUGCCUUUGAAGUGGCUGAGAAAUACCUCGACAUCCCCAAGAUGUUGGAUGCGGAAGACAUCGUGAACACGGCCCGGCCCGACGAGAAGGCCAUAAUGACCUAUGUGUCCAGCUUCUACCAUGCCUUUUCGGGAGCGCAGAAGGCUGAGACUGCUGCCAACCGGAUCUGCAAGGUGCUGGCUGUCAACCAGGAGAAUGAGCACCUGAUGGAAGACUAUGAACGACUGGCCAGCGAUCUUCUGGAGUGGAUCCGGCGCACCAUCCCCUGGCUGGAAGACCGUGUGCCCCAAAGGACCAUCCAGGAGAUGCAGCAGAAGCUGGAGGACUUCCGUGACUAUCGGCGUGUUCACAAGCCGCCCAAGGUGCAAGAGAAGUGCCAGCUGGAGAUCAACUUCAACACAUUGCAGACCAAGCUGCGCCUCAGCAACCGGCCGGCCUUCAUGCCCUCUGAAGGCAGGAUGGUCUCAGACAUCAACAAUGGCUGGCAGCACCUGGAGCAGGCCGAGAAGGGCUAUGAAGAGUGGCUGUUGAAUGAGAUCCGAAGGCUGGAGCGGCUCGACCACCUGGCAGAGAAGUUCCGGCAGAAGGCUUCCAUCCACGAGGCCUGGACCGACGGAAAGGAAGCCAUGCUGAAACACCGAGACUAUGAAACAGCCACCCUGUCCGAUAUCAAGGCUCUUAUCCGAAAGCAUGAGGCCUUCGAGAGUGACCUGGCUGCACAUCAGGACCGCGUGGAACAGAUUGCAGCAAUUGCCCAGGAGCUUAAUGAGCUGGAUUACUACGACUCUCACAAUGUCAACACCCGGUGCCAGAAGAUUUGUGACCAGUGGGACGCCCUGGGCAACCUGACCCACAGUCGCAGGGAAGCCCUGGAGAAAACAGAGAAGCAGUUGGAGACCAUCGACCAGCUACACCUGGAGUAUGCCAAGCGGGCCGCCCCUUUCAACAACUGGAUGGAGAGCGCCAUGGAGGACCUGCAGGACAUGUUCAUCGUGCACACCAUCGAGGAGAUCGAGGGCCUGAUCUCCGCGCAUGACCAGUUCAAGUCGACACUGCCAGAUGCUGACAGGGAGCGCGAGGCCAUCCUGGCCAUCCAUAAAGAGGCCCAGAGGAUCGCUGAGAGCAACCAUAUCAAGCUGUCAGGCAGCAACCCCUACACCACCGUCACCCCCCAGAUCAUCAACUCCAAGUGGGAGAAGGUGCAGCAGCUGGUGCCAAAACGGGACCAUGCACUCAUGGAGGAGCAGAGCAAGCAGCAGUCCAACGAGCAUCUCCGCCGCCAGUUCGCCAGCCAGGCCAACGUGGUGGGGCCCUGGAUCCAGACCAAGAUGGAGGAGAUCGGCCGCAUCUCCAUCGAGAUGAAUGGGACGCUGGAGGACCAGCUGAAUCACUUGAAGCAGUACGAGCGCAGCAUCGUGGACUACAAGCCCAACCUGGACCUGCUGGAGCAGCAGCACCAGCUCAUCCAGGAGGCUCUCAUCUUCGACAACAAGCACACCAACUACACCAUGGAGCACAUCCGCGUGGGCUGGGAGCAGCUGCUCACCACCAUCGCCCGCACCAUCAAUGAGAUCGAGAACCAGAUCCUCACCCGAGACGCCAAGGGCAUCAGUCAGGAGCAGAUGCAAGAGUUCCGGGCCUCCUUCAACCACUUCGACAAGGAUCAUGGCGGGGCCCUGGGGCCCGAGGAGUUCAAGGCCUGCCUCAUCAGCCUGGGCUAUGAUGUGGAGAACGACCGGCAGAAGCAGACAGGCAGCAUGGACUCCGAUGACUUCAGGGCUCUGCUUAUCUCCACAGGAUACAGCCUGGGCGACGCUGAGUUCAACCGCAUCAUGAGCGUGGUUGACCCCAACCACAGUGGCCUCGUGACCUUCCAAGCCUUCAUUGACUUCAUGUCGAGGGAGACCACUGACACAGACACUGCCGACCAGGUCAUUGCCUCCUUCAAGGUGCUGGCAGGGGACAAGAACUUCAUCACAGCUGAGGAGCUUCGGAGAGAGCUGCCUCCUGACCAGGCCGAGUAUUGCAUUGCCCGCAUGGCACCCUACCAGGGCCCUGACGCUGUGCCCGGCGCCCUGGACUACAAGUCCUUUUCCACGGCCCUCUACGGCGAGAGCGACCUGUGAGGCCCGCAGUGACCGGACCACACCCUCCCUGCGGCCUCCCGGAGGGGCCUGGGGCCUCCCCAUUCCCCUGAUUCUGUAUCUAUGCAAAGCACUCUCUGUCGGCCCUC